GCCCUGCAAUCAUUCAUGGAACCGAAAUGGAGUUGGAGCAAAAAAGUCACUAACACCAAGAAAAGCUGCCAGCCAAUCUCUUACCAUUCAUCAACAGAAUAAAAUUCUGUUAUCUAUCUCUGUUGCUUCUGUGUCGGUUUUUUAUUGGUCAUUGUCAUUCUAUUUUUCCUUCUAAAAGAACUUUCUUUUAUCUUUCCUUUGUGCAAAGACUUGAUCUGUCUGUGUACAAAACUGUCCUGGAAAUGGAGUUAGUUCCAUAUUCAAGUGAACCAGAACCGAAAACAAGUUCCACAACUCUUCCAUGGCAAGACAUGUUCCGAUCUGCAUCGACAAGGAAGCCUUCCCCAGCACCAGGCAACUGCGACGCGCCUCCAAACCAACCCCACGCGCCAAACUCCACCAACCCAGAUCACAUAAACAGCCUCUCAGGUGAUCCCCAGGUACGGUUGGCUGUUUACAUAGCCAUGGCUCAUGCUGGUCUUGCCUUUACCAUAUUCAUUUUAUAUGGAAUUUGCAAGCUUUUGCAAGAGUAUCUUAGGCCAAUUCAGUGGGCAAUCUUGUGUUCAAUUCCCUUGAGAGCUAUACAAGAGACCCUUGUGGGAUUUUGGAGUGAACCUUUGAAACUAGGCCUCACUGAAACUGUUCUUGCUGUUCCUGUGGCUAUCUUUAAGGCUUUUAUAGGUACCCUUGUUGAUAUUCAGAAUGUUUGUUUGAGGAUUUUUCUUAAAAGACCAAAAUCUACUCUUUCAAGGCGUCAUAGAAGUGGGUUUUCAAAGCUAGUUCGGUGGCUAGUGUCAUUUGCUGUGUUUGUGAUUGCCUAUGAGAGAAUUGGUGGCUAUGGGUCAUUGGUAAUAAUUGUGUUGGGGUUCAUGAUUAGUACUAAAAAUGUAGAUAAUACAAUGUAUGCUGUUUCAUCAUUUAGGAGUUCUAGUUUCAAAAGAAGUGCAAUUAGUGCAUAUUUCACGCGUGGGAUAUUGAAAAGGCUGAAUACUAUUGUAGCUAUUGGGCUGAUAAUUGGUAUGAUUGUGGGGUUUUUUGCUGGAGCAACAUAUUUCUCAUACAAGAUUGGUGUUGAGGGAAAAGAUGCUGUGAUUUCAGUGAAAGCUCAUGUGGAAGAGAGCAAUUAUGCUGAGAGGAUUGGUGUUAAAAAAUGGAUGGAAGAGAAUGAUGUCCCUGGAAUGGUGGAUCAGUACACUGCACAGUUUUACGAAACAGUGUCAGGGCAGAUCGAUAGUUUGGCAAUGCAGUAUAAUUUGACGGAGUUUGUAACUGGAAUGAAGCAUUUUGUCAUAACUACGAUGACUAGUUCAUCAGCGCAAUCAACAGCUCUGAUGACCCCCUCUCCUUAUACGGAAAAACUUUUGAGCUUGAGGAAGAGGGUUAGGGAUCGCGAAUGGGGGCAAAUUUACACAGAAGUCAAUGCAAUUCUCAGAGAAUUGAUGAUCACACGGGAGGAUUUGGUUGAGAAGGCUAAAGGGUUUGCUGUUAAAGGAGCAGAUGUUUCGCAAAAGUUGAUUGCAAGUGGUGCAUCUGUUCUAGGUGGCAGUGCAAAAAUCAUGUUCACUAUCAGCAGUUCCAUCAUCUCUGGAGCUGCCGAGGUCUUCAAUUUUGUAUCUCAAUUGAUGGUGUUCUUUUGGUUUCUAUAUUACCUCAUCACAUCAGAAUCUGGUGGGGUAACAGAACAAGUUAUGUCGAUGAUUCCAAUAUCGAAAUCGGCUAGGAUUAGAUGUGUUGAAGUUCUUGACAAUGCUAUUUCUGGUGUGCUUUUGGCUACAGCUGAGAUUGCAUUCUUCCAAGGAUGUCUUACAUGGCUUCUAUUUAGACUGUAUAAAGUACACUUCCUUUACAUGUCAACAGUGCUCGCUUUCAUCAGCCCCUUGUUGCCGAUCUUUCCUCCAUGGUUCGCAACGAUUCCUGCAGCUGUAGAGCUACUGCUGGAAAGAAGAUACAUCCUAGCUGUGACCUACUCCAUUAUUCACAUUUACCUUAUGGAUUAUGGUGCUUCUGAAAUUCAGGAGAGUAUACCUGGUUACAGCGCAUAUCUUACAGGACUUAGCAUCAUCGGUGGAAUGACAUUGUUCCCUUCUGCAGUUGAGGGAGCAAUUAUGGGACCAUUGAUCACUACUGUUGUAAUUGCUUUAAAGGAUCUGUAUGCUGAAUUUGUUCUUGAAGAACCAAAGAAAAAAGACUAGAAGAAGAACAGGCUUGCUUCCAUGUGAAGAGCUUAUGUAUUUUAGCAAGAUUGGUUCAAACAACAUACAGAAAUAGUUGUUCCAAGGACAAUUCUUAAUUUGCCAUUGAAGAGAGCCUCAAUCUGCAUGCCCUGUUUACUCAAUCUUUAUUUAUUUAGUACGAUAAUUCUUAUUUAGAGUGGCACUUGUACAUUGGUUAUCUUGAAGCAUAUGGCAAUUGUUAUGUAUCCUCGUUGUGUUUAGCAGUUUGUUCAAAAAGAAAGAAAAUUGUACCGCAUUUUUUUCUAUAUUUAACCAUGUCAGAACUUAUGAGGCCAAUGUUUGAGUCGAGAGAAUGUGUAAUUCUUUUUUUAUUUUUAUCUGUACAAUAAAAGUAAACUUGACAAUUCGUGACGUGUGAAAGACUGAUAAUUCGUGUAUAAAUGUUAUG